UGAGGGAGAGAGAGAGAGAGGGAGAGAGAGAGAGAGAGAGAGGGAGAGAGAGGGAGGGAGGCUCUGUGUAAACAGUCUGUCAAAAAGAAAGUGCAGGGGCAUUUUAGCCACGCCGGAGCCGGGGACAGAAUCAGACGCAAUUUACGACGAACGAUCACAGGGGUACAGAGAGGAAGAGGAGGAAAAGACAGAGCCAGAAGGGAAGAGAGAAGCAGAGAGGAGAGAGAAGGGGGAUGAAAUAGAAGGUUUAAUUUAUUCAUGCUGGAGGGGAGGGAUGUUGCCGCUUCUGUCGGAGAGGACUCUGCCGCGACUUCCCAGCUUACUCUAACACCGCUACCUCCCAGGACCGCCGAGGUGGAGCCUGUCAGCAAGGGUCACUCCCUGUGAGAGAAAGAGAGAGAGAGAGAGAGAGAGACGCCUCUGUGUCCUGUAUGCCUGGGACAGUCCAGUCCACCAGCUUUCCUCUUUAAUACGAGGGCACAGGGAUCCAAUCACCAGGACUGGUGGAGUUCCCAGAGCAGCUGAGUGGGUGCUUCUCAGACUUGGCUGUGGAUAUUGUGUGAAGGCCCUGUGGGAGUCUCUCCCGUGACCGUCUGGGGAUCGGCGAGCCCCACGCCUCGCUCCCGCGUGGUCCCUCCUGCCCCCUGCUCACAGGAAACGGGGGCUGGGAUGAUGCUAGGCCUCUCUGGGGGUAUUUUAAAGUACACCCAGGGAUAACCAGUGCCCCCCACCCCCGCCCCCCUUUCAACAGCGCGGCCGUCGAGAUGGGCGACGGGAGCUGGGUGUGCCUAAGCCCGGCCGAAUUCAGCCAGCUGCAGCAGUACAGCGAGUAUUCCACGAAGAAGCUGAAAGAUGUCCUGGAGGAGUUUCACGGAGACGGUGUCCUUGCCAAGUACAACCCUGAGCAGAAGCAAGACGUUCUCAGCCAACCCAUCGAUUACGAGGGCUUCCAGCUCUUCAUGAAGACCUACCUGGAGAACGACAUUCCCGAGGAGCUGUGCCAGCACCUCUUCACCUCCUUCAAGAGCAAGACGGGGGAGAGCUCACCCGGUGUGCCACGCGCAGGGGCAGGGCUGUUAGAGCCUAGGUCGAUCGAUGCUGGCAUCUCUAUACAGACAGAAGUGGCCUGUGCCCCUAUAACAGGAAUGAACGGUAAGAGCAUCCUGACAGCCAUGAGCCGCCACACACCGGAGCAGGCCGCCGCAGUCAUGGCGUCGGGUUCGGGAGCUACCACCUCCCCCUGCUCCUCCCGCUCCUCCUCCCAGCGCUCAGGGACGGGGGGCCACACGCCAGCCGGUGCCCACCGGUCACCCUGUGCCCAACCCAAACCCUCAGGCGGUGGGAACAAUGCCUUGGCCCUCUCAAAGUCCCCCGCCUCUCCUCGCCUCAUGCCCCAGUCCCCAGAUCGAAACAGCGCAGAGAAGCGCACGUCGCUGCGCCGGAGCCCGUCUCCGCAGAAGGGGGCCCCCCUGCCGUCACCCCAGGUGGUCUUUCUGAAGGACAUUGUGUGCUACCUGUCCCUGUUGGAGAGGGGGACCCCAGAGGACAAAUUGGAGUUCAUGUUCCGACUGUACGACACGGACGGCAACGGGUUGUUGGACAGCUCGGAGCUGGACCGCAUCAUCAAUCAGAUGGUGCAUGUGGCGGAGUACCUGGAGUGGGACUCCACAGAGCUGCGGCCGAUCCUGAAGGAGAUGAUGGAGGAGAUCGAUUAUGACCGGGAUGGCACGGUGACCCUGGAGGAGUGGAUCCGAGGGGGCAUGACCACCAUUCCUCUCCUGGUGCUGCUUGGCAUGGAGACGAACAUGCAGGAGGAUGGGCAGCAUGUGUGGAGACUGAAGCACUUCAACAAGCCAGCCUACUGCAACUACUGCCACACCAUGCUUCUGGGAGUGCGCAAACAGGGCCUGUGCUGUUCCCUAUGCAAGUACACAGUCCACGAACGCUGUGUGUCCAAAGACAUUGCUGCCUGCAUCAGCACCUACGCCAAGUCCCGCCGACACACUAACGCCAUGCAGCACGUGUGGAUGGAGGGAAACUCUCCCACAAAAUGCGAUCGCUGUCACAGGAGUAUCAAAUGUUAUCAGGGCCUGACGGGCCUGCAUUGCGUGUGGUGCCAGAUCACUCUCCAUAACAAGUGCGCAUCCAACAUGAGGCCCGACUGUGACGGAGGGGCCCUGAGGGACCACACCCUGCUGCCCUCAUACAUCUGCCCUGUGGUGCUGGACCGUCAGUCCGUGGUGAAGCGUGGUGAGGGAGAGUCUCCCCCUAGCACAAGCCCUGAUGAUAUAAGCCAGACCUUCAAGUUCACUGGUGAUGGACAAGGGCUGCAGAUCACACCUUUGCCAGGAACUCACCCACUCUUGGUCCUGGUCAACCCAAAGAGUGGUGGGAGGCAGGGUGAAAGGGUUUUGAGGAAGUUCCAAUACCUGCUAAACCCGAGGCAGGUGUACAGUUUGGACCGGGGCGGACCCAUGGCUGGGCUCAACUUCUUCCACGAUGUCCCCGAUUUCCGAGUGUUGGCGUGUGGCGGGGAUGGAACUGUUGGCUGGAUCCUAGAUUGCAUCGACAAGGCUAACUUCUCCAAACACCCUCCUGUCGCCAUCUUACCCCUGGGGACCGGGAACGACCUCGCCCGCUGCCUACGCUGGGGCGGAGGGUAUGAGGGUGGGAACCUGCUUAAGUUCCUGCGGGACAUUGAGCACAGCACAGAGGUGGUGCUGGACCGUUGGAACAUUGACAUCAUCCCCGAUGACAAGGAGGAGAAGGGUGACCCGGUCCCCUACAGCAUCGUCAACAAUUACUUCUCCAUCGGAGUGGAUGCAUCCAUCGCUCAUCGGUUCCACCUCAUGAGGGAGAAACAUCCAGAAAAGUUCAACAGCAGGAUGAAGAACAAGCUGUGGUACUUUGAGUUCGGCACUUCGGAGACCAUCGCAGCCACCUGCAAGAAGCUGAAUGAGAGUCUGGAGGUGGAGUGUGACGGUAUCAUCCUGGACCUCAGCAGCACCUCCCUGGAGGGCAUAGCCGUCCUCAACAUUCCCAGCAUGCACGGUGGAUCCAACCUGUGGGGCGAGACCAAGAAGAGGCGAAACUACAACCGCAUGAGCAAGAAAGUACCAGAGAGAGCCCCGGCAAGCACUGUCACUGAUGCCAAGGAGCUGAAAUUCUGCGUCCAAGACUUGAGUGACCAGCUGCUGGAGGUUGUGGGGCUGGAGGGAGCCAUCGAGAUGGGGCAGAUCUACACUGGCCUGAAGAGUGCCGGCCGCAGGCUGGCACAGUGUGCCAGUGUCACCAUCAGGACGUCCCGUCUCAUGCCCAUGCAGAUCGAUGGGGAGCCUUGGAUGCAGCCCCCUUGCACGAUCCGAAUCACACACAAGAACCAGGUGCCCAUGCUUUUAGGACCCCCGCAGAAGAACCCCUUCUUCUUUUUCAAGAAGCGCAACAGGAGUCGAGACUAGAGGAGAAAGGAGAGCGCAAAAAAACACCCCACCCCUCCCCCUGUCAUCCACAGCUCUGGUAGCUGAUUGGUGCAGGCCCACAGAAGGGGGAGCUGAGGGUUGGGGGUGGAGAGCUGGGAUAGAACUUGUUUGGUUUAACAGAGGUCAUAAUUUUUUGGGAGGACAGUGGAGCAACCUGCUGCAGAGACAAUGACUACAUCUCCCACAAUAACUCCCGUGACCCCAACAGGUGGGGCUCUGUCCCCAUUGACUCUCAGUAUUUUGACCACUUCCUGAAUGCCCCCUAAUUUCCCCUUGAACUGUGACCUGUAACCUGUGACCUUUUACCUGCUGUUGGCCCUCAAAUGCAGUGAGCCCUCUUGCCCCGCCAGUGCCGCACUGCCUGGGCCACAACAUGCCCUCCCCACCCACUGAAGAAGAACCAUCAAGAGCUAGAAUGGGUACACCAGUGGAAACUGCCAUAGUCUUUCAAAGCACUCUGACCACUCUCGGAGCAAAUACCAACCAGAGGGAAUAGAGCAAGGUCUGAGACUCGGACACUCAAGUACCCAGAGAUGAGGAGCUAUUAGGCAGAAAGAGAGGGAAAGAGGGAGUGCAGGAGAUGUGUGCUGUGGAUGAUGUUCUUAAUGAGGGAGGGGAACUAUAUAGAUCAGGGAGAGAGAGGUUAAGAGUACUGUGUCUAGUUUUGGCCUACUGAGACCAGGGAAGAAGCUCUUCUCUAUAAAGAAUAUAAUAAAUAAUGGAUCAGAGUAUUCAUUGCAGUUCCUCUUCAGAGCCCCGGCACACUCCCCAACCAGAAAACCCAUCCAUUAUUGAGGGUUUUGUUGUGGGUGUGGGGGCAGGGGUGUGGAAGUAGGCACUACCAUUUGUUUAUAAAAUCUAGCCUGUCCAGUGUCUGCCCAAGGCCACGUCACAUAGAAAGCGUCCAAAGUCACUGCUUUUACCCCACCAGCUCUGUUGAACUGAAAGCCAGUUUCACAACUCAGAGGCAAGGAGGAACCGGAAGAGUGGCCGGGCCGUCACAUGCGCUGAAUCACCGCGCAUCUGACAUCCGGCUCAAGUUUCCCCUCGCGGUGUUCAGAGGUGGCUCCAGCAGACAAUGCCGUCCCUCUCGCUGAUGUCUCCUUUAUCACACUGGGACAGGUGGGCACUGCCCAGGAGGCCGCGGACACGUUUGGGUCCGAUUGCCAAAGAACCCACCUGUCCCGCUCGGCUGUUCUGCUGGUGGAGAGAACCGGUCCAGCUGAGUCACGCCCGGGGUCGAGGAGAAACACCAGAUGGCUUUGGGCUUUGCUUGCUUCCCUCCUAGGGUGGCCUGACAGGCAAGGGCCGUGGCAUAAUGUCGAGUUUCAGGAAAGGAGGGAUGAGCGUGCUCUUCAAUCACAAACAGUCUUUGCCAGUCCCCCAUUUUUAACAGUGACAAAAACAAUAUGAAUUUGGUACCAGCACUCAGCUACAGAAACUGUCAUUGCUAGGCUUCAGAACAUUGGUCUUCUUUUAUGCUGACCAAUAACAUGAAAGGCAAUGAGCAGUUUUUUUUAGUUGGUUGAAUCAAGCAGCACUGUCUCUGACGACUACUA